GAGAGAGAGAGAGAGAGAGAGAGAGAGAGAGAAUAAGAAUCAAAAUAACUCGGCUGAAGAAAGAAUCGGGGGAAGAAACAAAGGGAGGCAGAAACGGAAAGAGAGCAGACUGAGCGCGCAGGACGCUUGGCAAUGCUGCUCCUUUAAGGCUGAUCUCGCUUCUUUUUACGUGCAACUUUUUUCGUUAAACUUAACUUCUGAAAGACGGCGUUACCAACCGAGCAGCCACAAGAGCGCAAUCUCCUUUAAAACGCAGCUUUGCUCUUUCGCUCUCGGGCGAAACACGUUCAUUUAUUUUUUGGCUGUUUUACUUUUUGAGAGAACAACAGCUUUUUCAGAGUUUCUCUCCGAGAUUCGUUGUUUUGACAUGUUUUGACAAAGAGGUAAUAGAGGGGCACGGUAAGGCGAAAGUCAGAGAGGGAAAGGAGAGCCAGAUCGCGGUUUUGUGGAGUGGUGUGCCAGGAAUGGGACCCCGGCUCGAGGCGCUGUCCCAGCUGCUGCUGCUCGCGCUGGCAUGCGGGCACUGCGCGCGAGGAGCGGCGCCACGGCACGAGGUCAAACCGGAGGCGUGGCUGCAGCAGUAUGGUUACCUGCCGCCAGGUGAUCUCCGCGCCCAGUCCAUCCGAUCUCCGCAAUCCAUCACCACCGCCAUCGCCGCCAUGCAGCGAUUUUACGGCCUGACCAUCACCGGCUCCAUCGACGCCGAGACCAUAGAGGCGAUGAAGAAGCCGAGGUGUGGGGUUCCAGACAAGUUUGGGGCGGAGCUGAAGAGCAACCUGAGGAGGAAGCGCUACGCCAUUCAGGGGCUGAAGUGGGAAAAGAGAGAGAUCACCUUCUGCAUACAGAACUACACCCCGAAGGUGGGGGAGUAUGAGACGUUCCAGGCCAUCCGAAAGGCCUUCAAGGUGUGGGAAAGUGUGACCCCCCUGCGAUUCCGCGAGAUUCCCUACCACCACAUCCGCGACAAGGUGGAGAACUUCGCCGACAUCAUGCUCUUCUUCGCCGAGGGCUUCCAUGGCGACAGCAGCCCCUUCGAUGGAGAGGGGGGCUUCCUGGCCCACGCGUACUUCCCCGGCCAGGGCAUAGGGGGCGACACUCACUUUGACGCUGCGGAGCCCUGGACCACCGGCAACACAGAUCUAAGCGGUAAUGACGUGUUCCUGGUGGCGGUGCACGAGCUGGGCCACGCCCUGGGGCUGGAGCACUCCAAUGACCCCUCAGCCAUCAUGGCGCCAUUCUACCAGUGGAUGGACACGGAGAACUUCGUCUUGCCAGACGACGACCGCCGUGGCAUCCAGCAGCUGUAUGGGUCUGGAUCCGCUGGCCCCCAGCCGCCCCCCCGGGUCACCCCCCGCACCCCCCGAGUCACCCCCCGCCCCACGCACCCCCCGCACAAACCUGGGGGGCCCCCCUACGGCCCCAACAUCUGCGACGGACACUUUGACACCAUCGCCAUCCUGAGGGGAGAGAUGUUUGUCUUCAAGGAUAAGUGGUUCUGGCGGGUGAGGCAUAACCGGGUUUUGGAUGGGUACCCCAUGCCCAUCGGACACUUCUGGAGGGGACUGCCUGCCUCCAUCAACGCCGCCUAUGAGAGGGAUGAUGGGAAAUUUGUUUUCUUCAAGGGUGACAGGUACUGGGUGUUCAGUGAGUCGAACCUGGACUUGGGGUACCCCAAACCCCUGAAGGAGCUGGGCAGUGGGCUCCCCAAAGACCGACUGGAUUCUGCCCUCUACUACACCCCCACCGGCAUGACCUACUUCUUCAGAGGAAACAAGUAUUACAGAUUCAAUGAGAAGACCCGGGCGGUGGACCCCGAGUACCCCAAACCCAUCAGCGUGUGGCAGGGUGUGCCCGACAACCUCAAAGCUGCAUUCAUGAGCAAGGAUGGAGGCUACACCUACUUCUACAAGGCCAACAAGUACUGGAAGUUCAACAACCAGCAGCUGCGGGUGGAGCCGGGCUUCCCCAAAUCGGCGCUGCGUGAUUGGAUGGGCUGUCCAGAGGAGGACCCCAAGACUGGCGGCGGUGGAGGAGGUGGUGGAAGGUGGAGGAGGAGGUGGUGGUGGAGACGGAGGCAGAGGAGGAGGCGGAGGCGGAGGCGGAGGAGGCGGCAGGACAAGGGCAAGGAGGAGGAAACUGAGGUGAUCAUCAUCGAGGUGGAGGAGGAGGGCGGGGCCGGGGGCGGGGCAGGAGCAGCGGCCGUGGUGGUGCCCCUCCUGCUGCUGGUGUGUGUGAUCUGUGCCCUGGGGGCAGUGCUGUUCUUCCGCAGGUACGGCACCCCCCGACGCCUCCUGUACUGCCAGCGAUCCCUGCUCGACAAGGUGUAGAGGGGGAGAGAGAGGGAGGGAGAGAGGGAGGGAGAGAGAGAGAGAGGGGAGAGAG